AUUCGUAUUGUGAGACACUGCCCAUAGAUGGCCCUCCCUCUUUCCGGGGACAGUCAGUGAAGUAUGUGUACAAGUUGACCAUCAGCUGUCAGCAUGUUGACUCCUUCAUCAAACUCCUGUGCGUACCCUUCCGCGUCCUUGUGCUGCACGGGCUCAAGGAUUACCAGUUCCCACAGGAUGAGGCUGUUGUGCCCUCAAACCCCUUCCUGGAGGAGGGGGAAGGCUUGAAGAAAGACUCUUGUCUGGCAGACCUGGUGACAGAACUGCUCAUGGUGGCCACCUCCUGACACAGCCUGCAUAGGUAUUACAUCAGCAACACCUGUGGGAAGGUGGGGACGUUCUGCAUCUUUAAGACCAUGUAUAAGAUUGGAGAGGGUAUUAUCAGGACCUUUAACUUCUCAGAAGGAGACAUCCCGUGUCUGCAGGUCAGUGCUGCCUGCAAAGGAGAGGAGGAGUUCCAGUGCCGGCGGGGGAAAAUCAGCACACGUGUCCACCAUCAGGAGUCCUGCCUGCACACGGCUCAGAGCAGCUUCAGCCUGCCCAUCCUGCUCAGCUCUACCCCAGGAUUCACCACCAACAUUGUGUCCCUGAAGUGGAGGCUGCACUUCAAGUUUGUGAUCUCUGGGGAGUCGGUGGGGACUUGCCUGAUUUGUGGGAGCCAGUUGGGGGCCAUCACCUGGACUGGGGUGGAGCAGAUUGAAGUGAACACUUUCAGCUGUGACUUGCCCAUCAAAGUCUUUCCCACCAACCCCAUCCCGGCUUCCUAUAUAUCUCAGUUCUCCAGCACCAACUCCAUCACCAUCUGA